CGAACAUGACGGCAUUUCUUUCUCAAGAUGGCCGAAUGCAUGGAGGUGAGCUCACUCUCUGGUGCUCCAGAUGGCAGUGCGCCGGCCAAGGCCGAGGCUGAGGACAUGACAUCCAAGGAUUAUUACUUUGACUCCUAUGCGCACUUUGGAAUACAUGAGGAAAUGCUGAAGGAUGAGGUUCGCACUUUGACCUACAGAAACUCCAUGUAUCACAACAAACACCUCUUCAAGGACAAGAUAGUCCUGGAUGUGGGAAGUGGUACAGGCAUCCUUUGUAUGUUUGCAGCAAAGGCUGGUGCUAAGAAGGUUAUUGGGAUUGAAUGCUCCAAUAUCUCAGAAUACGCUGAGAAGAUCAUCAAAGCGAACAACCUGAAUCAUGUUAUCACCAUAAUCAAGGGCAAGGUGGAGGAAGUAGACUUGCCUGUGGAGAAGGUGGACAUUAUCAUCAGUGAGUGGAUGGGCUACUGUCUCUUCUAUGAGUCGAUGCUGAACACAGUUAUCUACGCUCGCGACAAGUGGUUGCGACCAGAUGGCCUGAUUUUCCCUGACCGGGCUGCUUUAUAUGUUACAGCCAUUGAGGAUAGACAGUACAAGGAUUAUAAAAUACACUGGUGGGAGAAUGUCUAUGGUUUUGAUAUGUCCUGUAUCAAGGACGUUGCCAUCAAGGAGCCACUAGUGGAUGUGGUGGAUCCCAAGCAAUUGGUGACCAAUGCCUGUCUCAUCAAGGAGGUGGAUAUUUACACAGUGAAAGUAGACGACCUGUCCUUCACAUCCCCUUUCUGCCUUCAAGUUACACGCAAUGACUACAUCCACGCGCUAGUAGCAUACUUCAACAUCGAGUUCACCCGCUGUCACAAGAGGACAGGGUUCUCGACAGCCCCUGAUGCCCCUUACACUCACUGGAAACAGACCGUUUUCUAUAUGGAGGACUAUCUGACGGUCAAACGAGGCGAGGAAAUCUUUGGAACGGUUGGCAUGAAACCCAAUGCCAAGAACAAUCGAGAUCUCGACUUCACCGUUGACAUCGAAUUCAAAGGACAACUGUGUGAAAUGUCCAGUUCCAUUGACUACAAGAUGCGUUAGAUCCACCUCUACCCGCCCACCCCUCCAGCCAUACGCACCGUCCACAUCGCACCAUUUGCAGGCUCAAUUGCAACUACUGUAGUAUCCGAUAUGUAGAUAAUUUUGUUUUUCAAAGGAAACUGCUAUUUGGUUGUGUGACUGACUGUUCUCCAAAUUGGUUGGCCUUCAUCGGCAUGGCAACUGAUGGGAGUGAUGGGAGAAAGAGGACAUCUAGAAUUAUAGUUGCCAUUUGAGUUACUCUGAAACCAUUCUUAGGCUGCUUUAUUGUUUUUGAUUGCUUUUCAGACAGAAACAUUUUAAUGCAAAUGUAUGAUACUAAUCUAUCUUUGUGGGGGAGGAGGGGUUAAGAUCUAGGUUAUGCCAUGAAAAGAGCUGUGAUUUGUUUUAAAAGAAUGGUACUUCAGUUUUCUGCGAAUUCUUUAAUUUGACAAGUCAUUCAUUCAUCGACAAAGCGAUUCUGGCACAUCUUUACAAGUGGAUCUUAGUUCUGCGUAGAUAUCUUUGGGACCUUGUUAACUGUUUGGAGAACUGUUGUAUAGUGGAGAGCAUCUCAACAUGCAGUAUUUAUGAAGAAGGCUGUUACUGCAGAAACCAUCUUGCAGAGAAGGCAGGGUAAAACUGAGAUCUCAAACCUUAGCUGAGCAAAUGCAUUUGAAGUAAGGAAUUUGGUGGUUAUUAGUCAUUUUCUGAGCUGGUUUCCAGUGUGGAGAACCCAGAGGCCUACCUGCCAAUUCUGUUUUGCCUUCCCCCACCCCCCUCUAGUUUGUGUUAUUGAUAACAUCUCGGGUUAAAAUAUGACUUGCUACAAGACAUUGGAUUGUUAAUGGGGUCAUAAUGCCCUGAGAUUACAUACGAGAAGCUGCUGAUACCUUGUUCACUCUGAUAAGUUGUCUGUCCUCUUUAAAGUUGUUCAGCAUAACCACAUCUUCAAGAAAUUGAAUAAUUUCCCCCCAGUGACUUAUCCAAUCAUUAAAUCAUCAGUAUUUUGAAAUUACCCUGCCUUUUUUAAAACAUGUUUAGCAUUACCUUCCUCAAGGAAUUGCCUCGUGACUUUAGUAGUAACUCAGUGACUUGAGUCUAAUACAUACCAUAUCAUUACUCAUUUAUUCCCUGCAUGGGGCUCUUGUUCGUGGAGCCUCCAGGUCUGAAUUUCUUGGGCAAAGGUUUGUGGCAAUGUGCUUUGCCCCUGAUACUGCAAGGGUCAUUACUGUGAAGCAUGGCACAGCCAAGUCAGAGAUUCCAUAAUCAUAAUUCCCUUGGCAAAUUAAAAUAUUUGGUUGAUUGGAGUUUGUUGCAUAGCUGAUUAGUUAUCUGUUGUGAAACGUGGGGUGGGGGGAGAAAAUUUUGAAGCUCCUUUAAGCAAGGAGGCUCUGUUCAAACAUUUCCUGGGAGUGGGUCUGUGAUGCCUCAUAAAAUUUCCACCUUUCAGAAGAGUUGUUUUAAAAAAACAUGGAAAUGGUUAUGCAUCCCUUUUUUUUCUCCUAACACCCCCCACCCUGAGAAAAGUCACCUCAUUAUUUCCCCCCGACAAGUGUACUCACAUUUGGCAGCUAGUAAUUGUAACAAGAUAAGAAAACAUUGCAAAGUGAUCUGAUUCUAGCACACACUAGGAGUCAUAAUCUGUGCUGUUUGUUUAAUUCUUUCUUUAUAACUGGAACAGUUAUUUCGGCAUAAUCCUAUUUCCUUAGUGAAUCAUCUGGAGAAAUGGGGUUUUAGUUACUUUUGGCACCCGAGACUAGUUUUGGGCUUAAAACACUAAUUUCUUUUUGUCCUUUCGCCAAUUGGCCUGGACUGUUUCAAGAGCCAGCCUUAAAGGUGGAUGUCAUUUAUGAUUGGUGACUCACCACCCAGCCCCCAUUCAUUGCAUGCACACUAGUCGUGCUUUCUUAAUCUUGCCAGCGGCUGCUUUGAGUGUGACCAGUGUUGACAAGCUCCCCUGCUUGUGGUGACUGCCCAGUUUUGCUCCCGGCGUUCACUGUCCAGCAAAGGCCACUCCAAGCUAGAGCCCCGGUUGACUUACCACUUUCUACUUAUCACAACUUCAAGCGGCUUACGCUCAUUUUAACUCUUCUGCUCACCGUCUGCAACGUGCUGCUUAUUUUGAGUUCCAUAGAGAUGGCACGGCUCUGGACUGUGUCAUUGUGCAACUACCCAGUUAGACCAGUGCCAGUUCCAAAGUUAUCCUGUCACUUUAUAUUUAGGCAAGGCUAUUCUAGGGCACAGCGUCACUGGCGCAUACAUGUUUGCAACCUAUUGGUCUGGGGAUGGGGGAGGCAAUAAGGUGUUCAGUGGGGGUGGGGUAGGGUAGGCGAUGGGGGGAGGGGGGGUUUGCUGGUGUUAGUUGAAGCUAAGUGACAACAUUUUUCAGUGCAAGCCUGACUUGUUAGGCUUGCUGAACAGGUCUGCAAAUGAAACUAGAAACCAGACCCUUUGCCUUGCUAUACAGGUUUUCUUGAUGUGUGGGUAUAGUGCUAAUGGAUAUGGACAAUGGGAGAUAUCCAAAGGCUGCAACAAAGCUUGGAAUUGGCUGCCAGGACUGAUGUUCAGAUACUCUGCCAACCGAGGCAUAUUUCAGUGAGUUGAUCUGCAGAGAGAAGCUGGCAGCAUUUUACUUACUGGAGUGCAAUUGUGCAUGUCCAGUGUUAACUGAGCCAAGACUGGGGUUGUUUAGUGGGCUGCUGUGACGGCUUUAUGAAUUGCCUAUGGUUCCUUUUGAAACCAGGAUCAGACAGGACAGCGAAAGGGGGGGGGUGGGGGGGGUUUAUGUAGUAUCAGAUGUUUGUGUCAGUCCUCAGGAUUGGGUUAGGAUUCCUUUCUUUGUUUAAACAGGGAGAAGGAACUUUUAUUUCCCCUGCUCCCUGAGCUUUAUGAGGCAGUUGCAUUUCCAAGGCUUUGUUGCAGUCAUGACUUGUACCUAAAAUCUUUUUAAGUAUUAGUGCAUUGGGACUGUCAUGUUGGUCUUUUGAACCCCCAAAGUACCAACAGACCAAACUUUGUGGCUGUGUAGUAAAUUAUGUUUUUUUUAUAUAUGGUGACAUUCAUUGAGAAUAAAAAAAAUUGACUUUAA